GGUAUUUUACUCUUUAGUUGAAAAAAUAAUGGCUUUUUAGUUUUAUCAUACAUUAUUCAUAUAAAAAUUAUGAAUAGAAUACUUUUAAAUAAAACUUUUUUGAUAAGUACUAUAGCAAGUGGAUCAUUUCUGUUAGGUACAUUUUUCGAAAAAAGAAAAAUUUUGAAUGAUUUGCAAUGCAACUCCCAUAGUUUUCAAGAGUUUAAAACAGCCCCAUGUUUGCCAAUUUUUUCCACUGUAUCUGCAGCGGUACCAGCACCUGUUGAAAAUGGUGAAGAUGCUGCAACGAUUCCUGGACGAGUUUCACAAAUAAUGAAAUACGGCUUUCCAGGUUUAGAUAAUGUUCGAUCUUAUUCUGAUUAUGUAUUAUCUUAUGAUAGAAGAAAUCGUGUUGCACAUUGGGUUUUUGAGCAUUUAACACCAGAAUCAAUUCAAAAGAAUGAAUCAGUUGAUCGUUCGAAAUGUGAUUUUCGACCAGAUCCCAGUAUUCAUCAGUUUUUUAGAUCUGAUAAUUCUGAUUACCGAAGAUCUGGUUUUGAUCGAGGUCAUUUGGCUGCUGCUGGCAAUCAUAGAAAACAUCAAAAACAUUGUGAUGAAACAUUUUAUUUAAGUAAUAUGGCACCUCAAGUAGGAAAUGGAUUUAAUCGUGAUUCAUGGAAUCGUUUAGAAAUUCAUGUAAGGCAAUUAACAAAAACUUAUCCUAAUGUAUACGUAUGUACUGGACCACUUUAUUUACCUAAAAAAGAAGAUGAUGGAAAGAUGUAUGUUAAAUAUCAAGUCAUAGGAAAUAAUAAUGUAGCAGUUCCAACACAUUUUUAUAAAGUCAUAGUUGGAGAAACAAGCGAUAAUAAAUUAGAAAUGGAAGCUUAUGUUAUGCCAAAUCAAGUUAUUAGUAAUGAAACUCCUUUACAAGUAUUCCAAGUACCACCAGAAUCUAUUGAAAAGAAUGCAGGACUACUAUUUUUCGAUAAAAUAAACAGAAAACAACUUACAAAAAUAAAUGGCAAAAAAAUUUAAAAAUCUGUAUAUAUAUUUAUCUACAUACUAUUAUAUAGUAUUUUUUAAUGUUUAAAUAGAUGAUUGUUAUUUAGUUUUAUAAAGAUUGAAAACAAACACUACAUAGAAAUAAAUUAAGUUUUAUAGUUUUUUUUUUGUGCAA